AUGAAGUACUCUACGACCCUUAUUCCUGUCUUUGCUCUCGCCUCUCUUGCGGCCUCUAUUGAGACUCGACAGAGCAAGAAACUACCUUGGAAGAAAGGAGUGAACACUAUUGAAUGCGGACCCUGGGGGAUUGACGAAUAUCUAUGCGGUACAGAACUAUUCUGCGAGAUGAUCAAUUACCCACGUGUGGAAGCAUGCGAAAAUCCCCAAGGCUGGAAGACGCCUCAAGAGUGCUUCGACGCCCAUGAAGCGAAGCCUUCCAAGGAGAAGUGCAACAAAAUACGCAGGGACGCACUCGAUCAAUGCAGAGAGAAGUCUAAAUUCCAAGAGUGCAUAACCAAAGGUCAAGAUGCAUUUAAAGAGUGCCUGGGUUUUCAAAAAAUCCAGUCGACAAAGGAGCGAGAAGCAGAAUUGCGUGCUAAAGGCUGUGAGGUAUAG